CAGUUGAACAGCUCUGUAAGAACAUAAAACACACACAGAUUGUCUCUUUCAUCUUCUGGUACUUUCACAAUAAAAGAUAAAUUCCCUCAUUCAGUCACACCAGCAGAGCAGAUCUCAGAUGCACCUCCAGAAUACGGAUGGCACUCGAGUCUAAUUGUUGCUGUUUGAAGUAUGGCCACUUAGAUAUCCUGUUUAGGAUGGGCCUGUAUUGUCGCACCUUUGUUCUGAUAAGGGUCCCUGCCCCCAUUGACAAAGUGCGAACGACUGGGAGGGCCGCAACAAUAUAAGGGGCCGGAGGAGUGUCAGAGGGACACUGUCUAUCUGUGGGCGGCUGGUGCUACUGUUGCUGCUCUUGAUCACACUCAAGUUUCUGAGUCAUGGAUUUCCUCCGCGCUUGUGUCCUGUGCACGGCUCUCUUCGGACUCGCCAAGUCUUUUACGCAUGAGGAUAUGAAGGACGCGCUGCUGCAGAAACUCGGGUUGGAUGAAAUCCCAAGAAUCCACAAGAGGGAUCUGGAGAAUCUGGUCGUUCCGGCGCACAUCAGAAAUAAAUACUUGUCCAUGCUGAAGAUGCACCACAGCAGGAGACGCAGAUCUCUGCCCAGCCUGGCGGGAAUCCUGAGGGGGAUCCCCGGCAACGCAGACAUUUCCGGAGAGUAUGUGUAUUCUGACACCACUCGGCAUCGCAUGGUGUUCGACAUGGAGGCGAGGAUCCCGGAUAACAGCGAGGUGACCAUGGCGGAGCUGAAGCUCUACCAGCGCGCUUCUUACCACAAACGCUUCGCGAUGGAGAAGAAGAACCACCGGCCCGUCAACAACGCCCGCGUCAGCAUCUACUGGGUGGAGGUGCUGCCAAACGGAUCCAACCGGACAUCGCUGGUAGAUUCACGGUUGAUCCCAAUUCACGAGACCGGCUGGAAGAGCUUUGAUGUGACCCAGGCGGUGCACUAUUGGUCCAAGACCCAGCAGAAGACACCUAUGCACCUGGAGGUGUGGAUCGAGGGCGAGAGACCUGGCAGCUACGCGGCAGAGAUGGCCAAGAGUGUGCGCUUUACCACCCAGGAGCAGACGGACAACACCUUGGGGAAGCCCGAGCUCGUCCUCUACACACUCAACCUCGAAGAAUACGGUUCUCGUGGCGACUGCGACCUCCACCAGAACAAAGACACCUGCUGCAGGGAGCAGUACUUCAUCAACUUCCGCGCUCUGACUUGGACGCAGUACUGGAUCAUCGAGCCCGCCGGCUACCAGGCCUUCAGGUGCACCGGAGGCUGCAAACAGCCCAAGCGCAACUACGGCUACGGGGAGAGGCGGUGCACGGUGUCGGAGAGCGCCCCGCUACCCAUCAUGUACCUGGUGAAGAAGGGCGACUACACUGAGAUCGAAGUGGCCGAAUUCCCCAACAUGAUUGUAGAGAGAUGCGCCUGCACGAUGGACAAUGUCUCCAUAAUAUGAAGCGAUGGAGGACAGCUGCAGUACGCCUAUAACCACAGGCUGAUUAUAGGAGUAUGACAGUGUUCUUCAGCAGGGUGUUGAUGUAUUUAAUGGUUUUAAAACAACAUGUGUAGUACUUUCUAUUUAAACGGACAUUUAUUGAGAGUUUCACACACAACAGGCGGAACCUGCUGCCGUUAAACUCCCUCUACAAGCACUUUUAUAUAUUUUGUAAAUUUUGAUAUUGGUUUUUUUUUUUUAUUCUUGAAUUUGUGUGAGCUGCGUCGACCCGCAGCGAUCGUCCGAAUUCUGUCUGACGUGAUAAAUUCUCAAGCUGUACAUAAUAUGAAUGAGUUUAUGUUUGGAAAAAUAAAAUAUUUUGUUUCACGUAACGUCUCGGGGCUCUUCCUCUCCCCUGCUGUCGAGCGAGGCUGUCUGGCUCCAUUCACAUUCAUGAGCACAUUCACAUGCAGUCGCAUACAGCUGCCUCCUCCUGCACCUCCUCGUUUACACUGAUAGGAAAUUGUG